ACUGAUACCCUACACCCGAGGCCUGCCUGUGCCCCCCAGCCACUGGUCGAGAGUGGCCGGCAGGCCUCGGCUCUCAACCCCAGACUGACCGUCCCUCUGCCGGUCAGAUCCCCCAAGCUCCGAGUUCCCCAUCGUCAGCAGGAACAAGGCUCGAAAUCGUCGGGCCAAGUCCGCUACUCGACCCAAAGUAACCCCACUAACUUCAGGAGAUCCGGGACGAGCAGCCACCGCAGAUCAAUGAACGAGCAGGACCGCCUUAACCGGCUGUCGCCGGAGCUGCUGACCCCAGACGUGCUGGCGGAGACGCUCCACAUCUUCGACAAGGCGAUGCGGCACACGCCCUACGCCGUCAGCGGCAUGUCGGCAUACGCGGCGUGGGGCUACACGGCAAAGUGCCCCCGGCACGUGUCCGUCGUGGUGCCGGCCUACUCCAAGGACACGAUCCGGAGCUGGGCCAGGACCGCGGGCUUCGACACCUUUGCGACGAGGCCCGACCUCCUGGGCGUGUGCACGGCCGACGGCAAGUUCCGCCGCGUCCGGCUCCGGUACAUCGAGAACCCCGACGACGACGGCUGGGGCGACUUCCGCUCCGUGCGCCUGCCCAUGUUCAUGCCCCCCGCGCUUCUGGCGAGGACUGCCGGCGGCGGCGGACGCGACGGCGGGGAGGGGGAGGUGGGAGGGGACGAGGUCGCCACGGAGGCGACGCCCGUGGUCCUCCAGCUCCCAACGCUGUUCAACCUGGCCGCCCACACCUUCAUGUCGGACGCGGCGCGGUCGUCGUCAGGCAUGCGCGCCAGCAUCGGCCGCGACAUCCUGUGGAUGCUCGAGCGCAUGUCCCGGAGGACGCCCGGCGAGGAGGGCGCGGGCCCGCUGGCGCCCGACGCGGCGUCGAUGCUCAAGGACGCCGGGUUCUGGCGCGAGUUCACCUUUGCCUUCCCCAGGGCCCCCGCGCUCUUCGUCACCGCCGGCAUGGGCCCCGCGCUCGUCGGGCAGAUGGUGGCCGAGGCCGAGGGCCGGCCGCAUCGUCGCCCCAACCGCCCACACCACUACCACCACCACCAGCGGGAGCAGGAGCAGGAGCAGCCGCCUCGGCCUCCCCCUACGCCCCCAAAGGACGCAAAGUGGCAGGCUCCGCCGCCGCCGCCGCCCGCCGCCCCGCGUCUGCCAGAGGGUGGUAACCGCGCCUCACUUCCACGCCGCGAUGGCGGUUACGAGCCGUAUCGUCCCGGUCCCGAAACAGUGCUCGGAUUCGGCAGGGUAACAAGAAGCGCGACCGCCCCCGCCACUGCCACCCGCGCCCAGUCCCCCGACGUCGUCAACAACGGCCGCAGCAGCAGCGCCCCUGGGGGCAGUGGCAGCAGCAGUAGAUACUCGGGCCUGUCGGCCGUGCCAGCCGCCCUGCUGCCCUGCGGCGGCCGCAAUCGCGCCCCCGCCCCCGCCGCCGGAGGAGGAGGGGACGACUGGCUCGCCGACUGGAGCCGGGCGCUGGGCCGCGAGGCGCCCCGGAGGAACGACCCGGAGUCCCAGCGCCAGCGCGCCCGACAGGGAAUCGCGCCGCCGCCAGAGAGCCGCCGGAACCCAUAUAGGGACGAGUAGAGAGAAGUAUCCUUCCAUCAUCUCCACCCCUCCCCAAAACCAUCCCUUCCCUCAAACAAUACAUUCCAGUGGGAUAAGCCACUGCUAACUUUUAGGUUACGCUCCACCAUAUCUUCUUUGUUAUAAAUUUUGUUUGUAUUUUCUUUUUCCUCUGCCAUCUUCCCCGUUCCUCGCUGAGUCAGUCCGUAAAUGGCAAUUUUUCAGCUGCCCCUUAUCUGCCUACCUCUCGGUCGUCAUGGCUUACUCGUUUCGCCUCCGUCCUAAUGGUGCGCCCCUGUGAAAUGCCGAUCUGUGCAAGCCCAACGUGGCGGAGACGAUGUUUGUGAUGGCGCUGAACUUUCCUUUAGCCACACAAAACCGGGCCGCAACGCUAGCAACUCAAAAUCGCCACCAAGUAGUGUCCAGGCUCGAAAGAAAGCCCGUGACAGAGUUGUGACGAAGAGGGGAGGCCACGGGAAAAUGGGACGUCAAGUUUCGCAUCACCAUGGGCAGACGGUUGGCACCGAUUCAUUGCCGUCACAGCACGUAAAAUCGCUUCCAAUAAAUCGAAAUUCGCUAGCGUUAGACUCUCUCAUGAUGUAUAUCAAACGCC